AUGGACGAAGCAGGUACGGUUUUGAAAGAUCCAUUUGAAGAUGCUGAAGAAAAUCUUGGAUUUAAACUUCAACCAAGUUUAAAAAAAUGUUUAAUAGCAAAUGGAUUUGAUAGUUCUUAUAUAAUUUCUAAAAUAGAUGGAACUGAUAUUAGUAAGACAGAAGAGUUUGCUAGAACAACAUUACCUGAAUUGAUAGAUGAGAAUGAAUAUGAGGCUUAUUAUGGGAUUUUUAAAAACAAAAUAUCAAAGUUCAAAUUUCUUGAUGGACAUAAGAAACAAUUAAGUUUGAUUAUAGAGUUUUACAAAAAUCAGUUGGUAAAAACACAAAAUACUAAAAUUAGACCGAACAGUGAUAAACUUUUGGAUAAACCUGGUCAAAGGAAAAAUAAACAACCACCUGAAAAACAAAAAUCAGCAGUUAAAGUUCAAAUUUUCAAUACUAAUUUAACAGAAGAGAAAAAAACUAUUGAAAAAAAUGUUAUUGAAUGGACUAAAAAAUAUGAUUCACAAAAGACUGACAAUAUGUCUGAUAGUAAUCUAAAAUCAGAAACUAUUUAUAAUAUAAUAAAUAACCAAAAUAUUUCUGUAAAAUUAUGCGAUGAAGAAUAUGAUGAACUCGAUCUAGCUGAAAACGCAAGUAUUGAUGAAAGUAAUAACAUCAUGAGUGAUAUUGUUUGCUUUUGUGGUGCCCGUACAAAAGUUUUUAAAAAAGUUUUAGCUGGGCGUAAGAAUAAAACAUGGAUGUUAAGUAAUUACUAUAGGCAUCUAGUAAAUCACUUUCAAAAUUCAAAUAAGAGAAAACCUAUCAAAAAAUUCAACCAACAAAAUACUGUUGUAAACUACUUCACAGUAGUAAACAAAGACAUAGGAAAUAAGGAUAAUAUUGAAGAGAACACAAACAAAAAAGGUAUCGAAUUUGAAUCAAUCUUACCUGAAAGUAUUUCUGAACUUCAAAAUGUUCCUUCUCCCUUUUUAAAACCUGAUGUUCCUUCAAAGUGGAAAGACCUCAAAUAUGGUAGACAAGAAAGAGAAAAGCGUGCUCGAGUACACAGUUUAUUGAAUGAUGGAGAAAAUCAACCACUAAUAACUAACUAUUUUAAAAUUGUAGAUAAAAUUAAUAAAUACAUCAAUGAAAAUAAUAUAUUUAAUGAGUCAUUGGAAGAUCUCAAGAACAAUAUGCCGCCUUGGGAAGAAAUAUCAGUUGAAACUUUUAUAAAAAAAACAGAUACCAGUACAUUACUAAAAUCAAUUUGUAAUUCAGCCUUAAGGAAUUCAAAUUUUCCUAGUCCCAAUGCAAAUCGAUAUGAUGAAUCCCUAAAAAAGUUUUGUGUAUUUUUAUAUUUUGUUGGGGGAAGACUUUUAUAUGAAACACUUCAAUCGAAUUUAACAAACUCGUUGCCAUCAAUAAGCUCAUUGAAUAGAUUUAUUUCAACUAAAAAACAAAAUAUAGUAGAAGGAGAAUAUAGAUUUAAAGAACUAAAAGAGUUUUUGUUGGAAAGAAAUCUACCUCUCUGUGUUUGGGUUAGCGAAGAUGGUACCAGAGUUAUGGGGAAGAUACAAUAUGACCAAAUUUCUGAUAAAGUUAUCGGUUUUGUGUUGCCUUUUGAAAAUGGCAUGGCAAAUGUUAAUGCAUACUCAGCCACUUCAGCUAAUACAAUUGGACAAUAUUUUCAAAAUAAUGAAAAAGCAAAUUAUGCGUAUGUAAUAAUGGCGAAGCCUCUACAUGAAAAUGCUCCAACAUUCUGCUUGAGUAUUUUUGGUACAAAUAACAGAUUCAACCAUAAAGAUGUGAUAAACCGAUGGAAUACUAUGGAAAAAAUGGCUGGAGAUUUUGGUAUCAAAAUUUUAGGAUAUUCUUCGGAUGGUGAUACUAGACUUUUAAAAGCUAUGCAAAUUAACACUUACCAACAGCAAAGCACACAAUUCUAUAUUCAAGACACAGUUCACAUUGGUACUAAACUUAGAACAAGAUUAUUAAAACCUAACAUAGUUUUACCAAUUGGUAACUUUACAAUAUCUGUUUCUCACUUAAAAAUAUUAUUAGAAACAUUUUCAAAAGACAAACACCUUUUAACUUUGAGCGAUCUUGUUCCAGAAGACAAGAUGAACUUUCGAUCUGCAGAAAAAAUAUGUGCUCCUAUAGUACAAGAAAUUUUGAAACAUGUACCACAAAGUCAAGGAACUAUAAGUUUUCUGGAAACCAUGAACAAUGUACUUUCCUCGUUUUUAGAUAAAUCUUUAACUGUAGAAGACCGAAUUUAUAGAAUAUGGCGUAGUGUUUACUUCCUGAGGAUAUGGAGGUACUCAAUUUUAAAAAAUAAAGAAUACAGCUUAAAAGAUAAUUUUAUUACUACUAAUGCCUAUUCAUGCAUUGAACUUAACGCAUUAUCUUUAAUCUUUCUGGUAAAAAAAUUCAGAGACAGCACUUUUUGCCUGAGGCCUUAUAUGUUCAUUCCUUGGCACUUUAGUAGUCAGGCAUGCGAAGAAUUAUUUAGAACAACAAGAUCUAUGACAUCUACCUUUUCAACAGUGGUUAACUUUACCAUGAAAGACAUUUUACAACGAUUAACGCGAAUAGAAUUAUUGAAUAUGAUACAAAACGAUCUUCACGAAAACCACCAAAAUAUACUUCAGAGCCCAAAUCCUUCUCAUUCAGAUGAUCUACCAAAUUUACUGAAUCCAUCUCAAAGUUCAUACAAUUUUCCUCGCUACCAGAAACACACCAGACAUUUUAUAAACAAUACUAAACUUCAAUCAACUGUAAUAUUUGAAACAAUAUGUGAUAAAAAAAUAGAAGAUAUACUUGCUGCAUCAUUAAAUGAUGCUAAACUUGCAGCUACAGACUUGGGUAAUUUUUUAAUUAAAAAUAGUUUAAUGUCAAAUUAA